UGGCGAAGGUUGCUUGAAGUAACCCAAAAAAAAAAAAAAAUCUUUAUCACAGGUUAUACUGUGAAAAUGCAAACCCUCUAGCACUGUUGAUUUCCCAACGAUUACCCGUUUAACCCGCAAUCCACAUCCCCACCCUCUGGUCCUCAAUCUCACCGGCACCACCAUACCGGACGAUGACAGAAACCCUAGCAUCCACGUCAUCACCGACGGCAACUUCCGGUGGCACUCCGCCACCUGAAGCCGCUUGGAUUAAUGCUUACGAACGGUUAUCACCUCGUUGGCAAUCCUCUGCUCUUUCUCCACAGUCUGUAAUUCCGAUUGCAAUAUCCAGAGUUAACCAGGUGGAUGCUGGAAGACUGGAUAUCGAAAUGUCAGCUAUGCUGAAAGAACAAAUGGUUAAGGUCUUCUCUGUAAUGAAGCCAGGAUUAUUAUUUCAAUACGAAGCAGAACUUGAUGCUUUUCUUGAGUUUCUUAUUUGGAGGUUCUCAAUUUGGGUCGAUAAACCUACUCCAGGAAACGCUCUCAUGAAUCUUAGAUAUCGAGAUGAACGUGCCACAGAUAUGAGGGGAAAAAUUAGGACAGGGUUAGAGGGACCAGGACUCACCGUUUACCAGAAAAUAUUGUAUUGUAUUGCCACAGUUGGUGGUCAGUAUAUAUGGACCCGUUUGCAGUCCUUUUCUGCUUUCCGUCAAUGGGGUGAUUCUGAACAGAGGACACUAGCUCGUCGAGCAUGGCUUAUAGUACAACGUAUUGAAGGAUUAUAUAAAGCUGCAUCUUUUACUAAUCUGCUUGUGUUUCUUUUCACAGGAAGGUACAGGAAUCUUAUCGAGAGGGCUUUACGAGCAAGACUUGUUUAUGGGAGUCCUCAUAUGAACCGUGCUGUUAGUUUCGAGUAUAUGAACCGGCAACUAGUUUGGAAUGAAUUUUCGGAAAUGUUGCUGUUGCUUCUACCCCUUUUGAAUUCGUCUACAAUGAAGAAUUUUCUGAGUCCGUUCUCAAAGGAUAAAGCUUCAGGUUCUAGUGGGGAUGAGACACUAUGCCCCAUCUGUCAAACCAAUCCGACAACGGUCUAUCUUGCGCUUCCAUGUCAGCACAGGUACUGUUAUUACUGUCUUAGAACAAGGUGUGCUGCAACUCCAUCAUUUCGGUGCUCCAGAUGCAGUGAACCGGUUGUUGCAAUGCAACGGCAUGGCGGUUCUGUUCCAUAACACUGAAGAAUCACUAGUUUAUACUUUGUAAGAAUGGUGGCACAGUAUGGGUUUUAUAUUUAAUCAGGAAUUAAUAUUUCCUUUGAGAAAAACAAAACAAAUCAAUUCAGAUCAAAAGAAUUAAAUUAAUUGUUUUAAAUGGGUGUUUUGGCA